CCGUGAAAGUAGUAGGAGGUAUAGCACAGCAGGCAGCAGCCAGUGGCAGCAGAUGAGCAGAGAGAUACUAUGUUAAAUAACAGCAACACACAGUGGGCUAUUAUGGAAGAGGGAGGAUCUGCAGAAGCAGCGUAAACAACCUUGACCACCACCGCACAGAAAAUACUGAAAUCCAUUAAAAUAUGACAGUAACAAAAUCGGUAGUCGCAGAGUUCAAUGAUGACGACGUUGAAUUGAAAGUAAUUGAGGUGGAGCUGCCAAAAGAUGGUUCCAGCUGGGUGCUGAUUCAAGUACAUGCGUGCGCGUUGGUUGCUGCAGAAGAUGAAAAGACGCAAAGAAGUCUCUUGAGUAACUCUUCCAAAGAAAACAACGCUCUGCACAUUGGUCAGGAAAUUGCUGGAGUAGUGAAGGCCGUUGGCAGCGAUGUUUUCAGUGUCCUUCCAGGAGACAGGGUUGCUGGCAUCGUCCCACUUGACUACAAACAAUCUGGAUGUUCACACUACGUGCUUCUGCAAGAGUUUGACAUCGUUCCCAUUCGAGAUUCAGUUUCUUUCAUUGAAGCGGCGGCCACCAUCGGUGAAGCAGUCAAAGUGUACACAUCGCUGCAUUACCUGGGCAGGCUGAACACAAGCGACACAGUUCUUUUGAUCGGAGGAUCCGUCUCAAUCAUCAAUAUGUUCGUCCAACUGACGCAUCACUGGAAUGCUAGGAUAAUCAUCGCCACUGCCAAUUCGUCUGAGGCGAAACAGCAAAUCGGCAAUGAAUUCCUUCGUCUAGCAAGUUUUAUUGACGUUGGGUGGAAAGAACUAAAGUCAAAAGUAAUGUUUGAGACGGGAGACCUAGGAGCUGAUAUUAUUGUAAAUUUAAUGUCUUCAAGUAAAAUAAAUGUUCCUAGUCUACAUGAAGUUAUAUCUUGCUUGUCAGUUGGAGGUAGACUAAUUUCAGCAAAUCCACAGCUUCAGCUAGAUCCUCCACAGUCAAGGCAAUUGAUGCUACGAUGUGCCAGCGUUGGCUUCCUAUUUGAUCAAGCGUGGAAUUUGUCAUCCGCCCAACAGGGUAGAUAUCAGCACAUACUGAUGGACAUUAUGGAAAAAGUCGCGACUGGCACUGUCAAGCCACUGAUACACAAGACAGUUUUGAAACUGGACGCAGCUUGUGAAGCUCUGAGCGAACUUAAGCCAAAUUCAGUGCAAGGUAGAGUAGUUUUAAGUUUGCCUUAAAAGGAUCAAGAUCUACGAAUUUAUUUUCUAAUCGUGUUAAUGGUAAAAUUGUCUAAAAAUAUAUGGUAAAACGUAA